UGCCAUGCUUGGCACCCCGAUGAUCAUCGACUCACUCCAUUCCGACUGUACGAUGAGCGCGGUGGAGAGCAUUCCGGCGCUGCCCGAGGACCUCGAACGAAUCAUUUUUCUCGAAUUGGCAACACAAUCUCCUCGCUAUAUCCCAGCCCUUAUACUGGUAGCCCGUCGCGUGAAACAGUGGUGCGUCUUACAUCCAUAACCACCGCACAUUCGAGUUCACAGCUUAGGGUCGAGCCUCACCCUCGAUCUCCCUUUUUUUUUCGUGUACAUGCGACCAAAGGACCGGACUUUCUCGCCCGAGCCGUGCGGCAUCUCGCGCUCAAGGACGUGAAUGUCGCGUUCAUGGACUUCAUCUUCGAAUCCUGCCCCAACACCGAGGACCUGCUCCUCAACUACACUCUGCCCAAACACACGCUAUACGCAGCUCGUGCCAAAGUUCCGGCCCUGUUUAACAACCUCACCCACCUCGUCGUGUUCGGCAACCUCACCGGCCAUGGCGAGCUCGCAGAAGCGCAGGAGCGAUGGCGCCUCGCCGCGUCCUUGCCGCAGCUCACGCACCUCGCGGCGGUCGAGUACAACCCCGUCAUGUGGCGCGUGAUCCUCGGGAACGAGAGGCUGGUCGUCCUGGCGUUCCUGUGGCGCUUUGAUUUCCCCCCAAUGCCGCAGGACGAGCAUGAGAUCCCCGUGGAUCUGCGAAGGGCGCUGGGGAGGGGCGAUUUUUGGGAUGCGGCUGAAGAGCAUGUGCGGAAGCGAAGGUCGGGGAAAGUGUAUCCGCGGGCGUGGUUUCUCCGGACCGGCCAAGUCCCUCUGCUUCCAACGCUCAAUGUGGCGCUGGGAUAAGAAGCAUGCGGGAGGUCAAACAUCUUAGCACUUUUUCAGUCGCAGAGACUUAGUAGCCCUAAUGAUUAGACUUUCUGUUGGCAUUCAAAGACCUUGCGUAUAUAGAACUUGAACGUAUAUUAGCUAAUUGGGGUGGGCUACAUCUGUUGUGGCUUCUUGCAAUCAAGUCGGCGACCCGAAGGAUCCUCGGAAAGAUAAAGUGCAGGAAUGGAUAGACUGCGAACGUGUUGGAAAAAGCGAGCACCACAGGACUCGAACCUGUAACCUUUUGGUAGUCUCACGAAGGCAUCGAAGCCAAACACGCUAGCCAUUGCGCCAGGCACCCAUGACGGAAUGCAAAGUAAAGAUAUUAUAUUCGUCGACCCAGCCACUGCAUUCUUCUGGCAUCUCAUUCAUCCUUUUUUGUGAACACUCCAGACGCAGUUCUGAGAAGGACAAUUCCCCUGAGGCUGAUCAUGAUAUACCCUGACAACCUUUUUGCAUUGAGCACAGAAAUUUCCAGGACAUGCGAUCGGUCUCGCACUUGCGAUUUGAGACCAUCAACAUCUUCUCCACCGCAGAGGAACAGCUCCGAAGGCGAUCUAAGGCGAUACAAGAAAUGCGCACUCCGCGGCAUCUGAAGCGAGGACCAACUGCGCGGCUGAUGGCCGACAGGUAUAGCCGACGCUUCUCGCCAUGUUUUCUGAUUUGCAUCCGUUCGCUUACAGUGGGAACCUCGGCCUACGUGUUGGUAACUCACCACAACCUCUCCGCUCUCCUAUUCCUUGCGCCUUAAAAGCUGCAGGUGCCCACCUGCCAUGCUCCCUAUGCCGCUCCCGCUUCUCAGCAGCCCGCGACUGCCCCGUCGUCACUCCGUUUCGAGCGUUAGCAGCUUGCCUGGCAGCGAGUCCUCCAAUGCCUCCGGAAGCCAUUCCAAGUCAUGGUUCAGUCGCAAGAAGAAGGAGAAGACAAAAGCGCAGGAUUCGUCCUCCGUGGCCAGCGGGGACUCGAGCAGUAACGCGCAAGACGGAGGAGGAGGGGAUGCCGCCCACGUGGUGGAUGGGAUCCUGGAUACAUUGGGCCCUAGGGGACGGUCGCUAGACCAGCAGCUUCAUCGGCCCCAUCCUCUGGCGCAAUCCUCACACCCACCCCGCUUCCGGCCGAGCGCCAGCACAGACGCUGUCCCCUCCCUGCCCGCGGCUCCGCUUCGACGACAUCCCUGACGUCCGCACCCGCCACCGCGCCAUCGACGCCGACGCGCGCCCCCCACUACCGCAAAGCCCGCUCGUCGACCUGGACGCAGCCGCCGCCGCCGCCGCCCCACCGCGGAGCGAAUCUGCACGUGCUGAUUCCCGACACCCCAUCGGCCCCGUCGGCGCCGCGUCCCACGCACGAUCAGUCACGCCGGGCCGCCGACCCGUCGCCUGCGAGCCCGCGGCACCGCACGCCCGCGAGCGCCGUUGCCGAUUGGGCGCGAGGCGUGAGCAUGGAGGGCCGCUCUGGGGACAAGCGCUCGCGCAGUCCGCUGUCCCCUCGCUCUCCGCCGCCGGCGCUGCCGCUGCGCCUCGAGCUCGACGCGGAAUCUCCCGUGUCCGACACCGCGGUCGUUCGGCGGGGCGAUGAUGAGGAGGAAGGAGGGCAGCAGUGAC